AUGUCUAUUGCAAAGGUCUUCCAGAGAGUUGACAAGAACAAAGAUGGGAAAAUCUCAUUGUACGAAUUUGCCGAAGCAAUACGCGCUUUUACUCCUUCAGUAACAUCUGGAGAACUUGAAAAUAUGUUUGGAAUGCUUGACGUGGAUGGUGAUGGUCAAAUUGACUUGGAGGAAUUUGUUUCGGGUUUGGCGCUAGAAAGGUGGUAUAAUGAAGAAACUGUUCUGAAAAAAGCUUUUGAUAUGCAUGAUAUGGAUGGUGACGGGAAGAUAUCGGCGAGUGAGAUUCAUUUUGUGUUGAACCGUCUAGGAGAAAAGCGUACAAAAGAAGAAUGUGUUGUGAUGGUUCAAACUUUUGAUGCAGACGGUGAUGGCUUUGUGGACUUUGAAGAGUUUAUAGGUAUGAUGUUUUUAACUAACAAUAUAUAA